GCGACGCGUCGCAGGCUUGCCAUCCACCGCCGUUGUGGGUCGAACCCAUUGCCAUGAAACGAAACGGUGACAGCAAACUGGACUUGGAACGCAAACGACACAAAGCGGCUCAUAUCGAACAACAUACUGACUCCAACGGCGAAGACGAUGUACUUUUCCAACCAUCACAAGAGCGUAGAGCUUCAGAUAUUCGCCAGUCUGGUUCUGACGGAACAGGUUACCUGGAAGGACGCGUCCAUAUGAAAUGGCCUCCCAUGGGUGGAAAGGUUCAGCUGAUCAUGGAGACUAAGGAGAACGGAAAUACCUUCCGUUUCGACGUGUCGUUCGCUGACGGGUGCGCGAAACUCCUGGUAUCGUCAGGUGUCAACUUCUCCGUUGGUGAUCGGUUUCAACUGUCGUUAAACGGAGCAAUCGUUGAGGCGUCAACUGUGUCAAAAUCCAACGUUUUAGGGCUAUCUCUCAAUUAUCGCGAUGGCGUGGCGCUCAAAUUUGUAUCCAGGAGUCGCGCUGUUGACCCUUUACAGUCAGUGAAUUCUUUUGCAGAUGUCAUAGGUCUUACACAGGUGAAAAAGGUUAUUCCUCACCCACACGAGGUACCUCGAGAUGACUGGUUCUCUACGCAGAACGUUGUCGUACAGCCGCCUUUAUCUUCGCAGUGUCCUGGAAUCCCGCGCCCAUUCCAUGAUGCUGAGGUCAAGACGCCUCUUGCAAUACAGUCAACUUCCAAUGAAAUCAAGCGCGUGGACUCCGUUUCAGGCAGGCAAAACACGCUCGUAGCUUCUUCCAAGAGUGAAUAUCUUCGUCCUGGCAUCCCAGAGCAGAGAUCACCCUCAGCCUCUAGCGUGACCUCCGUGCGCUCGGUUAAUCCAGGUUCUUCGCUCAACAGCCAUUCCGCCAGCCUUCCAGAAUUUGUACAAGGCUCGUCCGCUGUGGUGCCUGGAGCAACUAAGGCUGUUGUUCUCGAGCAUACAACUAAGCCAAAAACGACGAAUUUUUCCAACUUAUCGAAGAAGGCUGAAAAGUCAGCUCGUCGGAGGCAAAGGGCAGCACUUAAGGCUACAGAACAGGCUCGUCAGACGCCUCCCCCACAGGUUCAAGUGGCAGUCAUAGAGAAUAAGGAGACCCUGGCCGUUCAGACAUCACUCGAACAAUCGGACAUUCAAGCAUCGAAUUCCCUCCAGCAUCCUUCGAUAUCUGUAUCGCCUGGGAAAGGCUCGGUUGUGUCUGAAUCAGGGCGGAGUACACCUCCACCUACGAUUCACGAUUUGAAUGGACUAAUCCCCGCUCGCUCACCCGUCCCUACUCCAACUCCUGUCAAGCAUGAAAACAGUGCUCACGGGGAUCCAGCACUCAACUUGCGAGCGGGCUGUUCCGUCUCAAAGCACCCGUAUGAUGUACAAUAUGCCCCUUUAGCUUCCCUCGCUUCCUUGCCGCGUUUCCCUUCCAUGCAGAACGUGAUUGGCAUAAUCUUGGACGUUGGGGAUUUGAGGGAAACCAGAAAAGGAGAGUACUGCAGGAGGGUCACGCUGGUAGAUCCUUCGAACUUAGUUUCUCAUGACCUCGAAAAGGGUCUUUCCAUAAACUGUUUCACAGCCAGUCGUCAACACAACCUUCCAGAUGGGAUUUCCAAAGGCGAUAUUCUUCUGUUACGCGAUAUUCGAGUCCAAGAAUAUAAGGGCAAUUUACAGUACCUCGCACCUUCGAUGCGACAGUGGACGUGGGCAGUCGUGGAUCUCAAAUCUCUUCGACGACACCAAGAUGAUUCCUCCGCUGGCAGUCCUUCGUCUUUCCAACCCUGCCAGGAAGAGAUUCAGUACUGUAUACGUCUCAAUGACUGGUGGAAUGCUGUCCAAGAGGAACAUGGACCAGAGGGAUCAAACCAGCCGAUUCAUCAUGACCUUAGUGCUAUCGGUGCUACGUCGAUUCGCGCGGAUUCUCGAAGACAGAAUAGGGAACAUCGACUCCUCAAAGAUGCUUCGCCUGAUGCUCCACCGCAGGGUUAUUUCGAUUGUACCGUUGAGGUCCUUUAUAAAUACGACAACACAAACAACCGCCUUCGUAUUUACAAUCUUUACGUGACUGACUACACGCGAAAUGAGCUAUUCAUCCCUCAACAAUCGGAUUGGUGCCCGCCGGGUUUACUCGAUCGCGUUCUGCAGAUCGAAAUGUGGGACGACGCGGCACUGGCGGCGGAAGACAUGCAACCUGGAGAGUUCUACCUAUUGCGUAAUGUGAGGAUGAGGUAUAGCCAGGGCGGAGGUAUGGCAGGGAAAUUAGUUGAAAACAAGAUCACGAAGUUGGAUGUGGACGAAUUGGAUAGUCAGCCGUAUUUGGCUGAGUUGCUGCAACGUAAAGCUGAGUGGCAGCGGACGGCCGAGGAGCAGGGCGAAAACAAGUUCCCGCAUAGGUUGUUGGAAGAGACGAUACCAGACAAGUUCUUUCGUUGCACUGUACAAGUCCUUGGGAUUUCACACAAAGACGAUGAGCGAAGUUAUCUUUACGCCACCGACUACACGUGCAGAAAUGAUUUUGCAUCCGUAUGGUUCGAUAGACAGCCUGGGGAUCUGGUUCCAAACGAUCGUAUUCUCAAAGUUUUGCUGUUGGAUGAACAGGCCAAGACGGCGAAGUCGCUGAAGCCUGGUGACUUUGUUUCUCUGCGGCAUAUCAGGCUGCGGACUAGCGAGUACAGGGGGGAGGUCAGACUCACUGGGCGAAUGGGAGGUAAUCAGAGGUUGAUAUUCAAACUCAACGCGCAAGGGACCGGUAACGAGGAUCUGAUUGCACUCCUACAGCGCAAAGAAGAGUGGGAGGUCCAGCAGAAAUCGGAACAAGGGAUAGCUCAGCAAGCUAACGGUAAGAUGACAAAUGGUCGUAAACAGAAGCAGGAACCUCAAGCAACGAUGGGCGACGACCUUGCACCGAAGAAGCCACAACGGACUGCUGCUCCUGGUACCAUGACCAUCAAACAAAUUCAGCGAUGUACCACUUGUCCCGCCAGAUUUCUUGUGCGUGCACGAAUUGUAAGCUUGUACCCGCUGGAGUUGGAAGACUGUGUAGUCUUACAUUGUACUGGAUGCAAAGAAGACGUCCCCAAGGGCUUUAGGAUAUGCACGAAGUGUGUUGACAACAUGUCGGAUACGUCCGUGGUGCCCCGGUAUCAAUUCUUCUUCAUGAUUGAGGACGAAGAUGGCGACACAUUAAUAAUAGCUAUCAACAGGAAUGACAAUUCCUUACUAGAUGGUUUGGAAGCAGCUGACUUUCAUGAAGACUUCGAUGCAUUUGAAGAUUUCCGGGAGAGACUCGCACCAAUCAUUGGCAACCUGGAGGAAGUGAAUCGCGCUGUUGAGAGGGGAAGAGUGCUGGAACCAAAUACUCCCUUCGUACAAUUCGAGAUUGGCAGUUGGCUCAACAAACGCAACGAAAGAGCGUAUGUAUUCUUAAAUCAUUCUCUUCUCCAUUCGGCGGUGGAGUCGUAGGACAGUUGGGAGGAUGGGAUCUAUUACGGCUAUGUACGGUGUAAUACAUAUUUCUUGACUGUUACUGCCAUCGGAACCGUCAUCAUGCUUG